CACAGAGCUUCUCAGGUUUCUAAUUAAAAGAGUGAGUGAACCUGCAAACCGAUAGGAAUGGCAUGCUUCAGGGAACGCAUUGAGGCUAUCAUUCGGUGGAUUAUGCUGUCAUCCUUGAAAUGGGCUGAUAUAAUUGAAGACUACACAUUGUUCGAGAUGAUGACUUACUUAAGUGAAACAUGGGGACUAGGAUUUGCACGUGCUGCCGGAAUUAUAAACGUGUUCUAUGGCGUCACCAAAAUUUUGAGCUUAAGUUUUGCCUUCCUGGUGGAUGCUUGUCUUGGUAACAUUAAAAUGCUUUUGCUCUCCGGUCUAGCCUCCAGCAUUGGUUUGGCGUUUCUAUCCAUGUCAACGCCGCCGGUGCUCUCCAACUUCGCCGGAAACUGCAACAAAUACGACGGGAAAUGCGUCGGCCCGGCACAAAAGGCCAUCUUCUUCACAUCAUUGGUGUUAAUGGGCGUGGGCAUGGCGGGUAACGCGGUUUCUAUAGAUACAUUCCUUCAAAACCAUGACAGUAAAAAAAAUAAACUCAACUUCAUAGUAGGGGCCAUUGCUGCUCUAGCACUCCCAUUUUUAAAGCCUUGGGAGGUUAGAUUUGGGGUUGCCGGGAUAAUUUUCUUAGCCGCAACACUUAUAUUCUUCGUCGGAACGGUGCGCCGGUCUUACAGUCACAAGGAUGACGAUGAUCCAAAUGGGAGUGCCCUUACAACGGUUUUGAGAGUCUUUGUCGCCGCCACGCGCAAAGGUUGUCAUCAACUCCCUGCUAACCCUAAUGACCUUUACCAAGGACAUGGCAACGACGACAACUUUGCUAAGCAAUUGUCCCAUACUAAUCGAUGCAGGUGGUUAGACAAGGCAGCCGUGGUAUCACAAGGAAAGAGUGGGAGAGUGGAUGAAGGAGAAGAGAAGAAUAAUAAGGAGGAGAGCAGAUCAUCAUGGAAACUCUGCACUGUGGGAGAAGUAGAAGAAACCAAAAUUUGCCUUCAGACCGCCAUUUUAUGGACAUCAUUCAUAAUAUGUGGCCUGGUUUCUUCCUCCGGGAACACCUUCUUCGUGGCGCAGGCGGCCAAAAUGAACCGGGGCAUCGGGAAAUGGCAAGUCCAUCCCACCAUCCUCCUACUCCUAUCCAACGGCGCAAAAUACCUCCUGGAAUUCAACAACAAACACGGCUACAGAUGCCUGAGAAAGUGCCUUGGCUGUUGCGGCUGCAAUUUGAUCGCCGCGCUGGUCAGCAUCGCAAGUUCGAUGCUCAACGCCGUGCUAUGUUGCCUGAGCGCCGCCGUGGUGGAGAGUAUAAGGAGGAAGAAUAUUAAUAGUCCGAUGAGCAUAUUCUGGUUGAUACCUCAAUUUUAUUUCCUUACGAUCCUGGAUUCGUUGUUCGAAGAAGCCGUGGAAGAUUUCUUCGAGGAUCAUGAGGUUCCGGCGUUGAAAAAGUACGCCGUACACCUCUUGAGGUUUGUGUGUGGUUUAGGACAAGUGGGGAGUGUUGUGUCGGUUUGGGUGUGCAAGAAAUGGUUCAAGAAUGAGGUUGACGAAAGUCGGUUGGAUAAGUAUUAUUGGGCUCUCACUGCUUUGAGUGCCGUCAAUUUGAUUUGGUAUGUUAUAGUUGCAGUUGUUUACUACGUGAAAUUCAAACCACGUUUCAAAUCUAAGCCCGCCGAUCCUACCCCUACCCCAUGCUGCUGCUAGUUGAUGCUGUAUUUUUUAUUUUUAUUUUUAAUUGUAUCUAACAAAUCCGUGGCUUUAAUUUUCUGGCAUUCUUGUAACUAGAUAUUGUCCAUUUGUCCAGUGUGAAACACGAUGUUAACUUAUAUAAAUAAAUAUGAAGUAAUGU